CGAACGUUUUGCAACACUGGCUAUAAUUAGUUGGACCAUUCAUUGAAUUUAAAACGUAAACAUGAAAAAUGUGAAAAUUUAAGUCUGGCAAUUGGUGUAACAUAGGUAAAUAGAAAUGGACAUUGCCAGCAUUGAGCUUAGCGUGGAAGCGCUCAUUGGCUCGCUCGUGGCGCUGAGCAUGCUCUUCAUUUUCUGUCGCAGCAUUUUAAUGGAAGAUGUCAUUUGCAUAUCGGGGAAAACACGUCAUAGUUGGAAAUCAAUAAAAAUCAUUGAACAAGCCUGCUUUUGUAAUGUGUGUGAGAUUUUGUUGACACCGUCUGCGGGUCUCUUCUGCGACUGUUGCGGCCUUUGCACGCACUCGGAGCCGACAUGUCAAAGGCAGGCGGACGCUCGUUAUCACUGCAAGGACAAAUGGCUACGAAAUACAGACGCAGUACGUCAUUUGUGGGUGCGCGGCAAUUUGCCUAUGAAUUACAGUUGCACGGAGUGCGGCCAGGAAGCUGAACACGAUCAUCAUAGCAGCAGCUUGGGACCAGGUCUCUAUGGCUGGCGAUGUGCCUGGUGCCAACGAUGUUACCACGACAUCUGCUAUAAGAAAGUUGACGCCAAAGGUGAAUGUGACUUUGGAGAGUUUCGGGACAUGAUAUAUCCGCCUUACAGCAUUGUAGCAGCCAGGACACGAGAAUCGGUGCGUUUGCAUAUCGCAGGCAUUAAACCACCCGACAUUGAAAACUGGGAACCACUAAUUGUUAUAGCUAAUACGAAAUCUGGCAGUAACACAGCCGCAAAUGUCUUGUCGCUAUUGCGUGGCUAUCUGCACCCAAUGCAGGUGAUGGAACUGGGCUCAAGAGGACCGCUUGAUGCCCUCCAAUGGGUAGCAAAAACCAGUCCACGUCCAUGUCGCAUUUUAGUUGCAGGUGGUGAUGGAACAAUUGGCUGGGUGCUUAACACCAUCUACAUGCUGAACAUAAAACCUCAACCAUCAGUGGCUAUCAUGCCACUGGGCACCGGCAACGAUUUGUCCCGUGUGUUGGGCUGGGGCGCUGAGCCGCCUUCAGUGCUCGAUCCACUGGAGAUAUUGCGAAGCAUUAGACGUGCCAAAUCCGUUAAUCUUGAUAGAUAUGAUCUGCAAAUUGAGAAACUGCACUAUCGUCUUCCCAUCCAGAUGCAGCCCUUGAAGACCAUACACGUCUAUAACUAUUUUAGCGUGGGCGUCGACGCAUACAUCACCUACAAUUUCCAUAAGACACGCGAAUCUCGAUUCUAUCUGCUCAGCAGCCGCAUUUUUAACAAACUGCUAUACUUCACCUUUGGUACACAUCAGGUCAUGCAGCCGGACUGCGAACGCAUUGAUAAGAAACUUGAACUUCAUCUAGAUAACAAACUAGUCGAACUGCCGGAGCUACAAUCGUUGGUGUUUCUUAAUAUUGAUUCCUGGGGCGCUGGCUGCAAACUGUGCGAGCUGAGCAACUCGAAUGGCGAAACGCGCAUUGUUAACUCCAUCUCUGAUGGCAUGAUGGAAGUGUUUGGCAUAGUCUCAUCCUUUCACAUUGCUCAGCUGCAAUGCAAUAUAAGCAAACCCGUGCGCAUUGGCCAAGCCAAGCAGAUAAGGCUACGGGUGAAUGGGACGGUACCCAUGCAGGCUGAUGGCGAGCCUUGGAUGCAGGCGCCAGCAGAAAUACGUCUGCAAGCACGCAGCCAAGCUCGUGUACUGAAGGCAGAGCCUGCAGCCAACCAAUUGCAGUAAUCUCAAACGUUAUCACUAAAUGUGCCACGGAUGGAUUGAUUGAUGUUAAAAUUGUACUUAACUCCCCUCUUCGAAAAUCUAGGGUGUUUUGACCCAUUGAAGCUAACCAAAGCAACUUAUUUUAGAUCCUAGUUAGCCAAACUUAAAAUUUUUUAAUUUAUGGAUAUAGUCAAUUUAGAUAUUAGUUGGAAUUAAUACAAAUACAAAAAGUUUCAAGGUGUUUGACUUUUAAAAGCAUGUCACUUUAUUCUUCUCCUGUUAUUGUAUGUUAAAUGUUCGACUGGUGCUUAACAUGCGGAGACGCAUAACAUUUGGGAUUGGGGAUUUGUUUAUUUAUUUGUAGUUUAUCGAAAGGCGGG